AUGGAUAUUGACGAACAGUCCUUCCCGCUCUUGGAAAUGAAGUCUUCAGCCCACGCCGUUGCUGCCGGUGCGUUUAGCACGAUCUUCUCUGCCUGGGCUAGACCAGUGGUCGACCCCAUUCUCAUUGCUACAAAUAAGAUCUCUGUCCGCGGCCAAACCCGAACGAAGAAGGCCGACUUCGCUUGGUACCCAGCAUCGAAGCUAGAUGGCCGAUCGCAGACGUGGCCAACUUUCGUUGGCGAGGUGGCGUGUUCGGAGCAUCGUAGAAGUUCCGUCAAUGUCGCCAUCACCAUCAGUGUGCUCCGCGACAAGAUAAUGGUGGAGAGCUGGGCAAGGGGUCAUGACAGGCCUCCAUCACCCAACCAAAAGAUUGAAAUUGUCCGCCACCCCCAUCCAGGUUGUUCUCGAGUCAGUGGUCAGCUAGAGAUACAAUUUUCGGACGUCUUCGGGAGGGCUAAAAGAGAAGAGGAGAGCAAUUUCAUUUUGACUGCAACAGAUAUGGAAGAGAUUGCUACUCCCACCUGGGCAUUGCAAUGCACUGGCGAGCAAGAUGGCUCCAGAUAG